AACCCGAGAGAUACACACUCACAUCACCAACCUCUAGCAAUCAUGAAGAUGGAGAUCGGUGCCUUGGCUCUUACCCUCGCGACCACGACGGCGUUCGUGGCGCCGUCCGCGUUCCACGGUUCUCAAAUCGCGCGGCCGCAGCAGGCGACAUCUGCCACUAUGACCAAGAUGGCGGUGAACGACAUGCUUGGCGCGGAUGUGGAGACGGACGGUGUGUUUGACCCCCUCGGAUACGGCAAGGACGAUGCAUCGCUCUUCAGGCGCCGGGCGGUGGAGCUCAAGCACGGACGUGUCGCUAUGUUGGCCGUCACCGGCUACCUCUUCGCGGAGCAGUGGCACCCCCUGUACGACGGCAAGCUGUCCCCGGGCUUGAAGGCCCUCGGAGAGCUCCCGUUGGCAGCGUGGGUUCAGAUUUUGGGAGCGAUCGCCGUUGUGGAGCUGACUGUGGGGAAGCAGGACUACGAGAACAAGGCGCCGGGAGAACUCGGCAACUUCGGCCAGGCAUGGAACCCCUACCCCGACAACCCGGUCGCUUUCUCCAAGCUUCAGCUCAAGGAGCUCAAGAACGGGCGCCUUGCGAUGCUCGCGAUCAUGGGCGAGAUGGUGCAGGAGAAGCUCACCGGCCAGACCGCAAUCGAACAGCUCACGUCGGGACACCUCAGCCCGUUCGGCGACGGCCAGGGCGCCUUUUAAAUUUUCUGCCGGGACAACGUUUCUAUCGUAGCGGCGGCGUGAUGUCUUGUUUCGCGUGAUGAAAGCCAAUUUAGCCGGCGUUUUUGUCCAGCCGUUCCUAGGGGGAAGACGAGGCGUUUAGUUGAACCGUUCGCCUGACUGACCAAAAAGUCGAAAAGCGAAUUGCACUUUACACGCAUGCACGCGAGGGUUUACGGGCGAGAAAUCAGUGUCUGGUCGCUGGCGCUUUGUCACAGCGAGGGGGUGUUAGCGCGGGCUACUUGUACGCUCUCGCUUAAGGGCGUGGUGGUCACAUGUGUGACAGACACAGCCAAUACCGCGUAAUCGUUCUAGAACGAUGGCCUCUCUUCCUGAUUUUUCUUUCUUUUUUUGUCUUGUGUUGGGGGAAAGGUGCGGGCAAGCGGGUUAGAUAGAUUUGUCCCGAGUCUGCAGUUGACAUGAAUAAUUUUGUUCGUCGCGUCUGCUGUCUUGUUAAGGCGGUCGAGGAGUGGUGCUCACCCUCGCUGCUAAAUAUCACACGCCUGUGGUAACCGCUUGUUGGUGUCGAAUGUUGCAAAGGUUGAAGGGUCACCCCCCCCAGCAAAUCCCUCUUAGUCUUGCAGGCCAAGUCAAAGUAUUGUGUCUUACCAUUGAUUUCAAGCCAACCUCCAUCCCGCGUGAUUCGAACGCGUACGCGUGUCCUUGAUCGGGGAACAGGUGUCUCUCAUGUGUCUCAUCCUCCUUGUGACAGCCCGUCCGCCCGGCUUGGCUCUCCUUGGUGUUCCUUGAUUUAGAGGCCGCAGAGGAUGCCUCAUCUUCAAUGACAUGAUGUUGUCUCCUGUAGUUCAGGGGAUAACUCGUGCUGGCUGAGAGUGGUCUGUUUCCUGUUUUCCUAGUUGUGAAACCACCGUGUA